CUUAUCGCCAACUUGAUAACACCGGCACUAAGAGCGGUCGUCGACUCUUCUUCAUAUGGAUCAUUUGCACAGCUAAUUGUUAAGAAACAAGCGAAUCUUAAAAUGACAUGUUAAGUGGAAAAAUGUCAUUUUAAGAUUGGCUUAUUUCUUAGCAACUAGCGUUGCGAAACUCAAGAGUGAAAUAACAGCCUGUUUACUAUGGGAGGAAGCAAUCUUAGAUGCAGUCCAACAAGAGGAAGUAGUACUCUGACAGGUGAAGUUGUCAGCUUCGAGCCUUUGCGAAAAGACAGUAAAGUUGAUAAACAGGAUGAAGAAUUGGAGCUUAAGUUUAUUGAACAAGAAGGAACAGUUAUCGUGGAUACUGGUCCAAAGAUUGGAAAGAGGCACAUAGAAGUUAUGAGUAUCUUUUUUAUGGUGUUACUGAAUCAAUGUAUGAGGCAGCAUCUAUCUCUCACCAUUGUCGCAAUGACAGAUCCAAAUGUCAACGAAAACAAAGAUAUACCGACUUUUGAUUGGAAGAACAAAAACGUAAUUCUCUCAUCUUUCUUCUGGGGCUACGUAGGCCCGCAAAUUAUAACCGGUUGGCUAGUUACCCGCUAUGGUCACAAAUGGUUUGUCACAGGAAGUACAGCUGUAUGCGCUUUAGCAGCAUUCUUGACGCCAGUGGUAGCAGAACAACUUGGUUCAACAUCUGUUAUUAUUGUUAGAGUCGCGCAAGGUUUAUGUCAAUCGUUUCUGGUGCCGAGUAUUUCCGGUUUCAUUAGCAGAUGGGUACCAAUUACCGAGAGGGGUAGAUCUGGGGCAUUUAUUCUUUCAGGUACCUCAUUGGCAACCGUGAUAAGUAUGCCAAUAGCUGGAGCUAUAGCAGGCAGUUCGUACGGUUGGCCGAUGAUCUUUUACUUCUUCGGUCUCCUAGCCAUAAUAUGGUGUGUUUACUAUAUGAUAUUUGGUGCCAACUGUCCGAGAGCACACAAAUCUAUAACGCAAGAGGAGAGAGCUUUCAUAGUCAAGACUGUAAUUAAUCCAAAUACAAAGCAACAAAAAACUCCAUGGGGAAAAAUCUUUACAUCUUUACCAUUUUGGGCAUGUACAUAUGCAUUUACUUGCAAUGUAUUAGUUAUGUGGAUUCUGCUGACUCAAAUUCCGACAUACAUGAGCAAAAUAAUGAAAUUCGAUAUUAAAAACAAUGGUCUUUUGACCUCAUUAAUUUACCUUACACAAUGGACAGUGAGUUUAGUAAUCAGUACUCUAUCAGAUUACUUGACCAAUAAAAAUUACAUAUCAAUAACAACUGCAAGAAAACUAUUUACAGGAAUUGGAAUGGGUUUACCAUGUAUAUUCCUAUUAUUCCUGUCCAAUUGUAACGCAGAACAUUCCACCAAAGGUGUAAUCCUCCUCAUCAGCGCAGUUGGAUCAGCUGGGUGUAAUUGGUGCGCCUGCUUUAUAAACAACAUUGAUCUUGCUCCAAAUCAUGCAGGUGUUAUGCAAGGAUUUAUCAAUGGAUUUUCCCAUAUUUUUGCUCUACUGGCUCCGCUUAUUGUACAGUUUAUGGUAAACGAUGAGCAAAAUCCCGAAGAAUGGAAGAAAGUAUUUUACUUAAGCAGCGCAGUAGCGUUAUCUGGUGCAGUAUUUUUUGGUUUACUGGGUUCUGGCGAAGAGCAGUCUUGGAAUUCAACCGAAGAUGUUGAAGAUCCAGAGGAACCUUCAAAGAAGUGACGAAAUUUCUCUAUGAUUUAAAUAGUCUGGAUUAUUUACUUAUCGAGUCAAACCAUGAGAGAUUAUUUUGCUGUGAAAACUAAGUUUUCUAUAUAUUAAAUUU